UAAUCACAUGAAUUUUUUGUCGCCUUGUGUAAUCAAAAUCGAGGCUAAAUUAAUUUCGUCGUUUUACGUAAAAAAGUUGAAAUAGUUGCAUCGUAAUCCGUCCAUUACUUGAACCAUAUUUCCCUUAAUCGUGAGCUAAAUAACUCUUACUCUUCAUUUCGAAACAAAGUUGCGUUAAUUGGUUUAGUCGCGGCGAAAAAAUCAUCUGUUAGUGAAACGAUUUGAACAUUUUAAUCAAAAGUUGCGAAUUUGUGAUUAAAUUUAAAUGUUGGGUGAAUUUUUUUUACGUGUAAUUAUGAUUUGGAAGACGCUUUUUGUAAUUUUCGUGUCGAGUUUUUCGUAUAGUGAAGAGCCAAAUGAUGGCUACUACGUGGAUGAUCUCAAUGAAGCUUCCUUUACAACAGGGUCCGAGCCGCUCGUUUGCCCAUCCACCAACGUCAUUUCAACUAGGUACAAAUGUAACGUCAAUGGAGAAUGGGUCGAUUGUACACGCAAACAUUGCUGCAAGGACUACACCUACGUUGCAGGAAGAUGCAUUCCCAAGUCGCAAGAUCCGUGUUCUUUGGGCUUAUGCGAGCAAGUUUGUACCGUUUAUUUACAACGCGUGAUAUGCACCUGUUUUGACGGCUACAAAUUCAAUUCCGAAAACCAAAAACGAGGAAUUAAACCUGUCUGCGUAGAUGUGGACGAGUGUUUAGAUAAUAACGGCGAUUGUGAACACGAAUGUAUAAACGAAUCUGGAAGCUACCGUUGUGCAUGUAGAGCAGGAUUUACAUUACAACCGGACAAUAGAACAUGCGAACCUUUAAAUAAUUUAGAAGGAAGAAGCGAACAAGCCGGACACAGUAAUCGUUGUUUUGCUAACUGUGAUACUGUUCUCCGACUUCAUGACAAGCUAAAAUCGUUGCAGGAAAAGAUAUCCGCUUUGAGUACAGCAAUCAGAUUGUCGAGCUUCGCUUCAGGUCCCCCGGGGCCUCCAGGCCCUCCUGGCCCCGUCGGCGCACCAGGACCUCGAGGAUUUCCAGGAGUGGAGAGUGACCCCGCCGCCGCACACACCACCCAAGAUUACACUUAUUCGGUUUUGGAUGCGUUUGUGCCUCUACCAGGAGAUGAAAAUGAUGCCCAAUGUAGGUGUAAGAGAGGACCACAAGGCGAGGCGGGGCCGAGAGGGCCACAAGGACCCAAAGGUGAGCAAGGAGAAAAGGGACCGAGAGGGCCAAAGGGCGAAAGGGGAUCGUUUGACUUCCUGCUACUUCUACUAGCUGAUGUGAAACAUGAUAUCGUUCACUUACAAAAUCGCGUUUAUACGAACGGGGAAGUACCACCGAAAUUCGACAUUGACGCCGCCCUUCACAAGAAGAGAAUCAAAGACAAACACACUUUUCUCAAACAAAAAAGAUUACUCGAAGCUUACACUUCUACUCCUACUGUUGUUACACACACUACAACCGAUUCGACACAAGUGGAAGAGUUUCAAGAUGGACAUUUACCCAAUAUUCACGACGACUAUUUGGAUUAUUACGGAUCAGGAGGCGAAUCAGAAGAUUAUUUAAAUUAAAUUCUGUUUUAAUAAAAAAAUUGAUUGUAUCCGUUUUUGUUUU